UGUAGAUCUUGUACAUUCAAAACAGUUGUACGUCUGUAUCUGUAAACCAAGAUUACCAAAAAGUUCCAAGAUCUAAAUUCCAACUUCCAACUUCCAUUUCGAAUGUUAAAUAUUUUUCCAAGUAAAUUGUGUAGAAUUUGUUGUUAGUUAGUCUAGCUGAUUUAUGUACUUGAGCGAUGAUGGCUGUCAGUAUAAAAAUAAUGUUAAAUGCUGUAGGCACAAAGAAUUUGAAGUAUUCCAGCUUUCUAAGGUGUUUAUCCACUAGUAGCACCGCUAAUGAUUCCAGCGAAGGAUGGCUGAGUAAAUUGCUGGUUCGUAAAAUAGAGCCAACGAAAGAGUCACACUCCAGGAUGCUCUCCGACAAGGAAGUUAUAUAUGAGCUGCAGACUCAUAAUGUGCAACCUAGUGCUGUUGAUCAAUAUCUCACCAAUUACCAAGAACUGGUAAAUGUGAUGAGUGCACGGCAAAAAGAAACUAGUUACGACUUGGUGGCGUCUUGGGAUGUCCAGGUUGGAGAUCAGGACCAAUCUCUGCACUUAUGGAGGUACACUGGUGGAUUCUCAAGCGUUGACAAAACGAAAAAACUUCUUGCACAAGACAAAAGUUACCAAACACUACUGAAAGAACAAGGAAAACUGCUUCGCUCAAGACACGUUCAGUACCUGCUGGCGUUCAGUUAUUGGCCCAGCAUUGAAGCGAGAACCGGCGGAAAUAUCUACGAGAUACGCAGCUACAGUCUGAAGCCAGGAACAAUGAUAGAGUGGGGCAACAAUUGGGCCCGAGCUAUCAGCUUCCGCAGAAACAACGACGAGGCUUUUGCCGGCUUCUUCUCUCAGAUUGGACGUCUUUACAACGUUCAUCACAUUUGGUGCUAUUCUGACUUGCAGAAACGCAAAGACACAAGAGAAAGUGCGUGGAGGUCCCCAGGUUGGGACGAGUGUGUAGCAUACACUGUGCCACUCAUAAGAGAAAUGCAGUCUCGUAUUCUGCAUCCUUACGAUUUCUCGCCUACUCAAUAAAAACUUUCUUCAGUUACCAUUCGAUGAUAUUAUUUACUGGCACUCAGCAGGUUUACUCAACUCAAAUUUCAAGAAUUCUAUUCAUCAGAUGUACUUUCAGUUGACUGAUCAUAAGCUUGACAUUCGCCUCCAAGGUACAAGUUAAUAUUAUGGACUGAGUUGGUCUGUUCAGCCUUUUGCUACACAAAUUUAUUCAAUUUAUUUCUUCAAUUCUUACUUCAGUUACCACUCUGCAGGUUUAAUACUCAACUAAAAUUAUAAGAUUUCUAUUAACUGAUGUACUUUCAGUUGACUGAUCGGAAACUUUACAUUUACCUUUCAGGUCCCAGUUAAUUAUGGACUGAGUUGAUCUGUUCAGCCUUUUGCUACACGAUUUUAUUCAAUUCCAAUAAUCAUUUAACAAUGUUUAUUGUAAAUUUAAUUUGAAUUUGUGCAUAUUUUACAUUCCAUUGUUGUGUUUAUUCUAUUGCAGUUUUUUAAUUUGAUUGGUUGAAUGAAAUUCAUUUAGUCGACUCAUCAGGAUAAUACACCAAACACCAAAUAUAUUACAAUGAAGAUUGUAAAUGAAAAUAUUGCGAAUGAUAUUACAAAAUUAAGUGUCUUAAUGUUGAAAGUUGUUGGUUAAUGUUGUCAUUUUUCAACUGGUUUGAUUGAAAAACAGUUGGGUACUGAAUAUUAUUUCUCAUUUUAUAGCGCUGUUGUUCUAUUUAUUUUUCUUAUUUGAAUUAU